AUGUUCUCCUCCAUCGCCUCGUUCCUGCCCUCGGCCCUGCACCUCAACUCGAACGCGCAGGACCUGCCACGGCCGACUAUCAACCCAGACACCGAGGACGAGGACGAGCCAGAGCCAGAGGCGGCAGGACGACGGGGACAACAACAGCAGCAGCAGCAGCAGACGGGUGGCGAUCCAGAAGCGGCGGCGGCGGCAGGGGUGCUGCCGCAGAAGGGCAAGGAGAAGGAUGGGAAGUCGCCGAGCGAGACAUUCAUCUUCGUCCGCCCCCCACCCUCGAAAUCCAACCACCCCCUCAACCUCCAAGUCCAACUCGUGCCUCCCAACGCCCGCCCGCCCACCGGGGUCGUCUCCUCCUCCAACGCCGACGGUCCCACCACACCCACCUCCGCGAGCACCAUCGCGAGCACCUCCGACGGCGCCUCCCUCGCACGCACCUCCUCCAAUCGAUCCAACGUCUCCCUAGCGAACUACGCCUCAUCCACCGCCUCCUUCGCCUCAUCCACCUACACCUCCUCCGCCUCCCUCGCCUCUGCCUCCUCCACCACCUCUACCACCACCUCUUCUUCCACAGGGGGGAGGAGGACGAUCAUCCCCUUAUACAACCUCCAAGCGCACAACGUCAUGACCAACGUCAUCGUCGACGCCGGCACGGACGCCAAGAUCGCCCGGUUCCAGAAGAGGGGCAUUGAGCUGAUUGAUCUGGCGCUGUUGGAGCCGGUGGAGGUGUGGGGGGAUAAGGGUGGUGGAGGGGAGGGCGCGAGGGGGGCGAGGAGGGAGAGUAUGCGGAUUAGCGUGGAUGAGAUGGGGGCGGUCGUUACUGUGGGUGGGGGAGGGGUGGGUAUACCUGGUGGUGGGGGAGGAGGAGGGAUGAGGAGCGCGAGGAGCACGGGUGGGUUUUUGGUGCCUGGGGGAGGGAGUAGGCCGGUCACACCGAGCGCAGCGUCGAGUUCGGCGUCGCUGCAUGCACAUGCGCCGCCUGUCCAGUCGAACCUCAACCCCGCGGCUGCGGGGGCGGCAGCUGUGGCGGCGAAGACCAACACCAACAGGCGGAACUCGAGGCAGAGUAUGACACAGUCGACUCCUCCAAAACCACAGCCACAGGUUGUGGACCCCCCACCACCAUCUGCGGGUGUGGGUCGGACGGCGUUCGACGUGCCCCAAGGAUACGUGCCUGUGCCGGCGUCGCCUACCCCCGCACCUGGACCCGCACCGUCGAAGCGGAACAUCUUCGGGAAGCUGUUUAACAAGAAAGGCGGUGGCAGUGGGAGCACUGUCCCAUCGUCCUCCAGCUCGUCUAUCCACAACCAAGCCUCGGGUACGGGUACAACGGGUACAGCCCAAACCCCAACCGACCCACCAGCAUCGUUCGGCGCGUUCUCUCUACACCCCGCGCCUGUAUCUUCCAAGUUGCUUUCGAGGGAUGGUAGUAAACGCACCAGCCUCCCCCACUUGCAGCCGCCGACGUCGCCCGUGUCGUCGACGAGCCAGCAGACGACGCCGACGCAGCCGCUGACGCCUCGGCCUGGGGGGAUAACGAGUGGGUUAGGUGGGAAUGGGGGGCAGGAGGAGGUGUUGUCGCCUACGCCGACGGUGGCGCCGGCCAAGGAGGGUAGGGAUAGAGAUAAGGAGAGAGAUGGCAAGGAGAGGGAGAGGGAGAGGGAGAAAGAAGAGAAGAAAGGCCAUGGACGUAACUUGAGUUUAACGUCGGCGAUCACGAACCCGCUCAAGGCGACGCUGAAGAGUAACAAGAACCGGUUGUCGGCGUUGAUUGGGAGUGAGGGCUCCGGGUCGGGGUCUGGGACUGGUGGAGGGUUGGGUUUGGGGCUGGGUUUGGGUGGGGAAAGGGAGAGGGAGAGGGAGAGUAGCGGAGAGAGGAUGAACGGGAAUGGGGUAGGAGUAGGGGGAACAGGAGGAACAGGGAGGAAGAACGUGAGAGACGCAAGAGACGUGUCCCCCAAUCCCAGUGUUGCGCGGAGCAGCACGCGGAGCCGGAACAGUUUUCUGGGCACUGGGAGUAUGGGACGGACGGAGAGCACCGAGUCGCGGUCGAGCGGGAACGGGCACGCUGUUACGCCGCACGCGUCCCAAGCGCCUUUCCCGCAGACCCAAGGGCAGGGAGUAGGAGCGUACCCGCAAGGCCACGCGCUCACACCUUCGUUCACGCAGGAGGUAACGGCCAACCUCCGGCAGCAGCAGCUCCAGCUGCGCCCGCCCAUCCUGGGGAUCCAGCCGACGUUCGUGUCGUCCUCCAUGUCCGCGUCUUCCUCGUCCACCGCUGCCCUUGCCCUUGCCCACGUGCAACAGCAGGAGAGGGGCGUGUCGUCUCCCAUGGUGGGCACGUUCAGCCCGCGCGUGGAGAGGGAGAGCCAGGAGACGGCGCUCCAGGGCCAGCGCGCACUGAUGUACGUGUGGCUUGUGCGGCGGUGGCUGAAGCGGCGGCCGUCGGCGUUCGCGGGGCUCGGGCUCAACUUGCACCUCGGUGGGGGUGGGGGCAGGGAUGGAAGCGAGUCAGGUGGGAUUCUGGGGGUGUUGACGGGGAAGGGGGGUAAGGCGAACGUGGGCGGAGGGGAGCAGGGCCCCGGGGGAGGAGGAGGGGAGGGGUAUGGCGGUGUUGAGGUGCGGUUUGAGUGGAAGCGCGCAAAGGGGAAGGAGAAGGGUAAAGGUGGUGGUGGAGGUGGAGGUGGUGGGGUUGGUGUGGGCAGGAGGAGCCGCAGGGGGAGGAUGGCGAGCGGGCGGUCGGUGGGGACGAAUGGGACGACGGGGGCGGAGAGCGAUGGCGAAGUCGAGAGCCUGCGCGAGCGGACGCGGGAGCGCGACGACCGCGACCGUGAACGCGAGAGAGACAGAGACAGAGCGGCAGACGCGCGCGACCGGAUCCGCGCCGAGGAGAAGCGGCGCCACCGGAAUAGCACAGGCAGCUUCAGCACCAUGACCAACUCGGAGGAGGGCGGCGAGCGCGACGGGCCGCCACCAAGCGCGCGGGGGAGGAUAACGCGGGAGAGCACGAGAGGAGAGGACCGAGAUGAUGGAGAGGAGAGCGACCCGGAGGACUCGGAGACGCCGUGGGUCUGCACGCUCAAGGUCCGGCGGAGCCCUACCGCUGCUGCUGCUGGGGGCGGGGGCGGAAACGCGCCGAUGAACCUCCUCAGUCCAACCGGUGCCGGACCCUCCUCCACCACCUCCGCAGAGCCCCAGGUUCUGAGAAUCAAAGUGGGCACGCUCUCGCCCACGCCACACCACCCCAAGGUCGUCGCGAUGCUCAAAGUCCCCUUCCCACUGCCCGACGUCGAGGUCGAGCGGAUGAGCGUCGUCCGGCGGCGCGGGUUUCCUUUUGGGGGUCCACAGCAGCAACAGCAGGAGGAGAAGGAGGAAGAGAGGAGGGAGCCGUAUAAUGGCUUGAUGCUCACGGCGGAGGAGAUCAAGGAUGUGGUGUGUAGCACCGGGCUGUGGUUGGUCGUAAGAGAGGGCUUUGGGGGUGUGGGCAAGGUCAGUCGCAAGGGCGAUGGGUGGAGGAUCCGGGCGUAA